AUGUCCCUCAGAGCACGAGCUGAGAGUGUGGGUAUCGGAUAUCAUAUCAGCACAAGGGCCACUCUCAGCCAGUCUCGCCCCUCUACAGGAUGCUUUAAGGUUCGCGAGUCACCUGCUACUGAUGCAUCACAGGAGCCAUCAGACCGCAGGUAUACGGUUUCAACUCUCUUAGCGACCCUUCAAAUACAUCCAGCAGCGAGGCGUCUCCGCUUCUUACAGCGACCUGUUAAUGUCGAGCUCGCCACGAUCAACGCGAAAUUGCAAUCCUUGACUUUCGACCUCUCUCCUUUUACCCCUCUUACGAAACUUGUGGCCAACAAAGCCAGCGACCUUGAGAUCUGGCGAGUGGUCCUCCAACUUAUCGCUGACCUCUCUCGAGUUACGCCUCCAUUAAGCAGCAUUCCUCCGUCGUUUUCAGGGACACCUCUCAGACGAUCAUCGGCCUCCUUUCGAGAUUCGAAUCAGAAACGAGAAGAACUGCGCAGAGACAUCGAGAUCGAACUGAGCAGGCGGACUCACGUCGGUGUGCCAGAAUUCAUUUCCAAAUACUUUCAAAACAAGGCAUGGUCAGAGCAAGUAGAAAAGAUUUUGAAGCAGCUUCCUCGAGACGAUCCCCUAGAAGGCUUUCCGGAGACAUCGAAGCCGGAAGAGGUCGACUCCUGGACAUGGUUGAAGUCUUUCCAGGAACAGCAUCUGGGAGAUGCACCUAAUGUGUUCUACCGGGCGGAGAGCAAGAGCAACAUCACCGGCGCUACAGGCGAACGCCAGCUUGGCGUCCUCCUCAAGUCCCGAGCUGCUGCUUCUGGCGAAGUACACCAUCUUGCAGAUUGA